GACAGCUGCCGCGGUGGAAACCAUGCGCUCUCUGCCACUGCUACUUUCGGGAAAGAAAAAAAAGGAAAGGCCGGACUGGCGUGGCGCUCGCGGAGGAAAGGCCGCCGCGAAGACGUCGGGUCGUCCCGCGCGGAUCGCGAAAAAAGGCGGUGCCUCCGAGUUGCCAACUCCACAAGAACCCGGGGCGCCUCCGUCGUCGGGUGCUGUUGUGUGGCUCCACCGUCGCGCGGCGCAGCUCGGCGUUGGCGACGCUCGGUACCGUCGCUAAUACGGUGCUCGGCUUUUCCCCUUCCUUCCCAUUUCGAGGCACGGCUGAAGCGCCACCCUGUGAAUCGUGCGCGCGUGCGACAUCAACCAGGUUUCUCCAAUGCGUGCUGCACAGAAACCACGACACUCAUCUGUAAAACGAGACCAGUGAGCCGAAUGGAGAGCGGAAAGAAGGGGUAACCGCUCAAGCGGUUUCGAAGCCACUUCCAAGGAACAGAACGGGAAAAACGAAAGCUCGCGACUUCGCCGUCCUUGAAUAUCCUGAGACGCUCUGGACCUUCGAGGAAAACCGUGCGCUUCAAUAUACACGACGUCAUCGUGAUCUCCCCAUUGCUGGAGACCGAGAGUAGCCACUCGCCCUCCGCCCACUACGGGCGGCAAAGACCAGCUGUGUAUCAAAACGUGCGCCCGAGGGGGCUCGACUUUGGCUGCGAAAGCGGCGAGCGAUGCCGCGCAAGCGGCGCGAGUUAUGAGGCGGGCGGUGGCGGGGGCCGACUGAAGUGAUCGGCGCCGGAGAGGCGGCGAGGUUUUUGCGGUGCGCGGUGUGUGAGCACGGCCGCCACGACGAAGCACGAGGGCGGCUCGUCGCUCAACUGGGACUGCAUGGCAGCCAUCAUGAACGGCGGCAAGCAGCCGGCCUCGAUGCCGCUGCCGCCGCACCUGGGCUCGGCGGCGGCCGGCUCCUGCUUCUCGGGACGAUACUCGCCCACUUACCGAGCCGCGCCCCCGGACCCCAUGCGGGCCAGGCACUGCGCCAUGGCCGCCAACGCCGCCGCGGCACCCGGUCAGAAGUCCAAUGGCGAGUUUAUGGUUAAAACCGAAGCAGACUCAUGGACCUCUAGGAAACUUCAGCUAAUGGACGAUGCCAUGCCGGAAUCGGAAGCCCACAAUCGACGGUGGCGCUGCUUGGCGGCAGCGCCGCGGUUCCACUACGCGGAUAUGUCCACGGGACCCGAAGACCCGGACAACCGGUAUCGGAUGCAGAAUCUGGGCAACUUCUUUCCCGGCCUUGAAGAAGCCGGCCUAAUGGGCCGCGCAGAGGCGUUGGUGGACAUCAGCAAGCAUUCUCCUCCAACGGGUGCCGCGGCAGGGCUCCCCAUCCGGCAUGACAUGAUGUACCACGCUAUGGGGCCUCCCGGAGGACCAGGGGCACCCGGCGCACCUCCCACGUCGCGACCGGGUCCGCCUCAUCACCAGAUGGGACACCACCCUUCCACAAUGGACGGUAUGGAUCUUCUCGACCCGCUGUGCCCGUCGUCGCUGCCUGGCCCGCUGGGCGCCAUGCAGGGCCCUCCGUCCGCGGACUCCGUGGGCCACCAGCUGCCGCCCCUGUACGGCAUGCAUGCCGGCGGGGGCGGGUUCCCCGGCUCUGCCGUGCACGACGCCGACUCGGACCCGCGCGAGCUGGAGGCGUUCGCCGAGCGCUUCAAGCAGCGGCGCAUCAAGCUGGGCGUCACGCAGGCCGACGUGGGCCGCGCGCUCGCCAACCUCAAGCUGCCCGGCGUGGGAUCGCUCUCUCAGAGCACCAUCUGCCGGUUCGAGUCCCUCACGCUGUCGCACAACAACAUGGUGGCGCUCAAGCCCAUCCUGGGCGCGUGGCUCGAGGCGGCCGAGGCGCAGGCCAAGAACAAGCGCACCGACCCGGACCUGCCGGGAGUGCUGCCGGCGGGCGAAAAGAAGCGCAAGCGCACCUCGAUCGCGGCGCCCGAGAAGCGCUCGCUCGAGGCCUACUUCGCCGUGCAGCCGCGGCCGUCGGGAGAGAAGAUCGCCGCCAUCGCUGAGAAGCUGGACCUGAAGAAGAACGUGGUGCGCGUCUGGUUCUGCAACCAGCGCCAGAAGCAGAAGCGGAUGAAGUACUCGGCGGUGCAGCACUAGCGGCUCCGGUACGAGGCCGCGCGGCUCUCCACGGACGUGCAGUGGUGUGACGACUCGGCCGCGCCGCCAGCCGCGUUGCGUUGCGCGCCCGCGCUGGAGAUGGCCUGCUACGGUGGACAGGCAGCAGCUUGUCAGCAGGGAAACUGCCAGCAGAAUGCCAAGUCGAAACUUGUAAGCUCGUUCUAACACGCGGUGCAUACGAAACGGAAAAGCAGUCGCUGGGAUGUCGCCACGCUAUAAUAUAACUCUUGGGUCAGUGACACGACUUGCCGCUUUAUUUUCUGUUAUGCUCAUCAAACCUUCUGCCUCUCAUUCAGGUCCUUGUUGAACAUUUUCGUGAUGAACGCGAAUAACUCAGCCUUUAUUUAAUGCAUCCCGCACCCCCAAAGGGCAUCGUCUUGGCGCGAACGUGCAAAAGUUUAUAUAUGAUGGUGCAGCGCCGAGACAUCUUGCUGAUACUCUGACAGUGAAUGUGUUUAUUUACCAAUGAUCGUUACAAUUUUAGAGGAACUCAUUAUUCUAACACCACAAAGCGAAUGGGUCUUGUUAUUAGUUAAUCUAGAUUUUUUUCUAUGUUAUGGGAAAAAAGUUUAUCUGAAGUAUUAAAUGUGGAUUACGUAGUGGAUUACGGUAUUAAGUCAGCUUUCCCCAUCAAAAGACCCCGUGCAGUUUUGUGUCAACGCUCUCUCGAUCCCAGGUGAAAUUCAAACGGGUUACGACACUAAAUCUUUGUUCUGCGGCAGCCAUCUCCAGUUGUACCGCGGCGAGCGACAGCCGAACAAAAAGAAAACACGCAACGCCGGCCACUACGAGACUUCAGUGACUGACUGACUGCAGCUUGUGCUCGUGACAGUGAAAAGGGACUUCUAGGCUGGUGCAACAGCGAUCAUACGGCGCCAAUGCGUGCGCACUUUCUAGUCGAUCCAGCCGCGUUCGGAGCUUUCUCCCAUCCUGUCGGCCAAAGCGUAUACCGAGCCGUGAAUGCACAGCGCUUCU